AUGCGGGUGCAGGCUACACGGGUUCUGAACGAGUUGUAUGCCGCUACAAAGCAUAGUACCGAUGUAGAAGUUCUGGCAUAUUCUUCAGGUGCAGCAACUGACGCGAUGGACACGAAAAGUGACGCAGUGGAGAGGGAGUUAGUGCCUAUUGCAAGCUCUGUGGCCGAGCGCACGCAGCUUCUGAAUACCAUGGUACCAUUGUACGAUGCGUUUAUUGACCGUGUGUAUCGCACGAUGGCGAACCCCGUCCAGCUAAUGUUUCCCCAGAGCUCUAAGUUUCACACGUCGCCGCCCAGUCGGAGCGACAUGCAGACUUUGUCACGUGCAGAUUUUCUUGCAGCUGGAGCAAGCUGGCCAAGACCCCGUGCUGCUGGAAGGCGUGCUUCAGCAGGUGCAGAAAACUGUUGA